UAGUGUAGUAGUAUAGAGCUGUAGAGUCUGAGCAGGUAAAACAGCCUUCGCCACUCGUCGUCUUCGUUCACCUGAGCACCUGGGCAAUCUUAGGUUGUCUAGAACGGCCCUCCUCAGUUUAGUAUCGCCGGGCCGGAGGAAAAGAGCUCCGUGACCCUGAAGAAUAUUCGCGAUUCGAAAAUAAUUUUAGCGAUUCUUCAUCAAUAUUCAAAACUACUCCACUUAUUUGUGAAUAUUUAUUUAUUAUCUUGAAUUAUUGUAUUAUCAGUGACCAGUGGAAAGCAGUCUUGUGUGGUUUUAAUCAACUCGAGUCUCAGUAAAAAAUAUAUAUUGAAUAGACUCGUACUAUAAGUGUUCAUGUGCCUCGUAAGGACUAUUUCUUGAGAAGGAGGUGAACGCACCGGCUAAUAAAAAUGUUGAUAAGAGCAGUGGCGACCAUUUGGGUCGCCGUACUCUUGUGCCAUCUCCAUAUAGCGUCGUCUCAGGUUUCCAAUGUCUUCACCUGUCCAAAUGGUUGGGAGCUCAGAGGAAUAUAUUGCUAUAAAUUUUUCAACAUCAAACACUCAUGGGAAAAAGCCGCUGAAUUAUGCCGAAGAUACGGAAGUGAGCUGAUGGUGGUUGAGUCAUACAGUGAGAAUAACAUGUCUGCGAGUAUUGUAGGAAAACAUCUAGACAAGUAUUGGCUGGGUUUGGCUUCACUAGAUGAUUUGAGGACAAAUACAUUGGAGUCUGCUGCAGGAAUGCUCGUUUCUCAAUAUGCAGGUUUCUGGGCUUCGAAACAACCGGAUCCAAAAUCAGGUGAAUGUGUAGACUUUGCAAUCACUGAUGACCAGCAACAGUCGUGGGAACUAACAACAUGUGAAUCAUUAUUACCGUUUAUGUGUAAAGCAAACGCAUGUCCGGCAGGAUCAUUUCAUUGUUCGAAUGGCAAAUGCAUAAACUCUGUGUUUAAAUGUGACAAGCAAGAUGACUGCGGUGAUUAUUCCGAUGAAAUAGAUUGCCCGAACAAUUGUCAAUAUUACAUGGCAAGUAGCGGUGAUGUUGUAGAAAGCCCGAAUUACCCGCAUAAAUACACACCGCUGAGUAAUUGUAAAUGGACAUUAGAAGGCCCGCAGGGUCACAAUAUUCUUCUACAGUUUCAAGAAUUCGAAACAGAAAAGAGUUUUGAUAUCGUGCAGAUUUUAGUCGGCGGACGUACGGAAGAAAAGUCUGUUAAUUUGGCAACAUUGUCGGGAAAAGAAGAAUUAUCCAACAAACGUUUUGUGUCAGCAUCAAAUUUCAUGAUAAUUAAAUUCAGUACCGAUGGAUCAGUAGAGCGUAAAGGUUUUCGUGCAUCUUGGAAAACUGAGCCGCAAACAUGCGGUGGAAUAUUACGCGCUACACCUCAAGGACAAGUAUUAACAUCACCCGGAUAUCCGCAAAAUUAUCCAGGUGGUCUUGAGUGCCUGUACAUCCUCCAAGCUCAGCCGGGUCGGAUUAUUUCCGUCGAAAUUGAAGAACUUGACUUGCAAACCAAUCGCGACUAUAUUCUGGUGCGUGACGGAGAGUCGCCGAUGAGUCGGCCGAUCGCUCGUCUAACCGGGAAGACCCAAGACAACCCAACAGUCAUCAUAUCAACCAGCAACAACCUCUACCUCUACUUCAAGACCUCAUUGGGCGACUCACGUCGUGGUUUCAGUAUUCGCUAUACUCAAGGAUGUCGUGCUACAAUUGUUGCAUUAAAUGGCACCGUGCAAUCACCUUCUUACGGUCUUAAUGACUAUCCCAAUAAUCAGGAAUGCCUUUAUCGUGUGAAAAAUCCAAAAGGCGUCGCUCUAUCUCUGAAAUUCACGAAUUUCAAUGUCCACAAUACGGACUACGUUCAAGUCUACGACGGAUCCAAUACCAAUGGUCUAAGACUCCACUCCGGAAACGGUUUCACAUCCAACACACGUCCCAAAAUAACUCUGACUGCAGAAAGCGGUGAAAUGCUGAUAAGAUUUGUUUCUGAUGCACUGAGAAGUGCAAGCGGAUGGCAAGCAACCUUCUCUGCAGACUGUCCUCAUCUUUUGCCAGGUGAAGGCGCUUUGGCAAGCAGUCGGGACACUGCAUUUGGUACAGUAAUAACUUUCUCGUGUCCUCUUGGUCAAGAAUUCGCUACGGGUAAGCCGAAAAUUACAACGGAGUGUUUGCAAGGUGGCAAUUGGUCAGUAACGUACAUUCCUAAAUGCCAAGAAGUUUAUUGUGGCCCUGUCCCGCAAAUAGACAAUGGAUUUUCAAUCGGCUCAUCUAAUGUAACAUACCGCGGACUCGCGACUUAUCAGUGUUACGCAGGUUUUGCUUUCUCAUCGGGACGACCGACUGAAAAGAUUUCUUGCAUGGCUGAUGGGAGAUGGGAGAAGAAGCCCUCGUGUUUAGCUUCACAGUGCGCUCCAUUGCCCGAAGCGCCUAAUGCCAAUAUUACGAUUUUGAAUGGCGGAGGUAGAAGUUACGGUACCAUUGUAAGAUUUGAAUGUGAACCCGGUUAUGUUCGUACUGGUCAUCCGGUUAUUCUCUGUAUGUCAAAUGGCACUUGGUCGGACAAUGUUCCCACUUGUUCACGUGCCAAGUGUGCAAUUCUACCGAAUUUGAAGAAUGGUUUUCUAGUAGACACCACCAGAGAUUAUUUUUACGGAGAUGAAGCACGAGUACAAUGUAAUCGUGGCUACAAGCUUACAGGAUCAAACAUAAUUACCUGCGGAGCAGAACAAAGAUUCGAAAACGUUCCUUCGUGCGAGGAUAUAAACGAAUGUGCAUCAAGUCAGUGUGAUUUAGCGUCAACUGAAUGCGUAAACACACCUGGUGCCUUCGCUUGUAAAUGUAAGUCAGGUUUCAGUCCGGCAAUGGACUGCCGGUUAGUUGGCGACUUGGGUUUGAUCAAUGGCGGCAUCCCGGAUGAAUCUAUUACAGUAAGCAGCUCAGAGAAUGGAUACACUAAGAGUGGAGUGCGACUGAACAGCGGAGACGGCUGGUGUGGUAAUGAUGUAGAACGUGGCAUGAAUUGGGUAAUGAUUGAUAUGAAAGCUCCCACAAUUAUCCGCGGAUUCCGUACCCAAGUUGUUGCCAGAUCGGACGGUAACGUCGCAUUCACUUCUGCAAUACGUAUUCAGUAUACUGAUGAUUUAACUGACGCAUUUAAGGACUACACUAACCCUGAUGGUACGCCUGUUGAAUUCAGAACUGUUGAGCCAAUUCUGUCUAUUUUGAACCUACCGGUUCUCAUUGAGGCAAGAUAUAUAAGGUUCCGUAUUCAGGAUUACGUAGGGGCGCCUUGUAUCAAGCUUGAAAUGAUGGGAUGUACGCGACUUGAGUGCACUGAUAUUAAUGAGUGCGCUAGCAAUAAUGGCGGAUGUCAUCAAAAAUGUAUCAACAGCCCCGGAAGCUAUUCAUGUAUGUGUAACACAGGUUACGAGUUGUACAAAGGCAAUGGAACGGCCGGAUUCUUGAUCGCUAGAUCAGAAAACGGUGAACGAGAUGGCGAUUUGUAUCAACGUAACAAAACAUGUGUACCAGUAAUGUGCCCCAACUUAGCGGCUCCGGAAAAUGGAAAAAUAAUGACUACCAAAGACCAAUUCCAUUUUGGAGACAUCAUUAAAUUCCAGUGUAACUUUGGUUACGUUCUCGCAGGAUCUUCGGCUGUUAUUUGUACGUCAAGUGGAGCUUGGAAUGGAACGACACCAGAGUGUCAAUUUGCCAAGUGUGUAUCACUGCCAGAUGACAAAAAUGAAGGUCUUUCGGUCAUCAGGACUGACGAGUCAAGUGUUUUGGUACCUUUUGGACAAAAUGUUACAUUGAAAUGCGGUAAUUCAGGACGUUAUUUACGUAACACUGCUACUGCAGGCUUCAGACAGUGUGUUUAUGAUCCCAAACCAGGUUUGCCGGACUAUUGGCUCUCGGGAUUCCAACCAGCAUGUCCAAGAGCUAACUGUGGAAAACCUCUAUCAACUCCUGGUGCUGAGUACGGACAGUAUGCGGAUACUAAGUAUCAGUCGUCAUUUUUCUUCGGUUGCCAGGAUACUUUUAAACUCGCCGGUCAAACUAAUCGCCAUGACAAUGUAGUACGUUGUCAAGCAAACGGAGUAUGGGAUUUCGGUGACUUGAGAUGCGAAGGACCAGUCUGUGAGGAUCCUGGAAGACCGAGUGAUGGUAUCCAAAUAGCUCGAAGCUAUGAACAGGGUUCUGAAGUACAAUUCGGAUGCAAUCGUCCGGGUUAUAUUCUUAUAAACCCACGUCCUAUUGUUUGUCAACGUGAACCCGAAUGCCGGGUUGUUAAACCACUGGGGCUUGCAUCGGGACGUAUUCCUGACUCAGCGAUAAAUGCCACAUCGGAAAGACCUAAUUAUGAAGCUAAACAUGUCAGACUUAAUUCUGUAACAGGUUGGUGUGGCAAACAAGAACCAUUUACUUACGUCAGCGUUGACUUGGGUCAAGUUUUUAGAGUAAAAGCGAUUCUGGUCAAAGGAGUUAUUACUAAUGACAUAGUAGGGCGGCCUACAGAAAUACGGUUCUUUUAUAAACAAUCUGAGAAUGAAAAUUACGUCGUAUAUUUCCCGAAUUUCAAUUUGACAAUGCGCGAUCCUGGUAAUUAUGGUGAGUUAGCGAUGAUUACACUACCGAAAUAUGUCCAAGCACGUUUUGUUAUUUUGGGUAUUGUCAGUUAUAUGGACAAUGCGUGUUUGAAAUUUGAAUUGAUGGGUUGUGAGGAACCAGUAGUAGAACCACUACUUGGUUAUGACUAUGGUUUUUCACCUUGUGUUGAUAAUGAACCGCCUGUUUUCCAAAACUGUCCCCAACAACCAAUUAUGGUACAAAAAGGACCCGACGGUGAAUUACUGCCAGUAAAUUUCACAGAACCGACUGCUGUUGAUAACAGUGGCAGCAUAGCACGUUUAGAGGUAAAACCGCAGAGUUUUAAAACGCCAAUAAGAGUUUUUGAGGACACGGUUGUUAAGUAUGUGGCAUUUGAUUACGAUGGAAAUGUUGCUAUUUGUGAAAUAAAUAUUACAGUACCCGAUAUAACGCCGCCUAAACUAAGUUGCCCACAAAGUUACGUUAUUGAAUUAGUUGAUCGUCAAGACAGCUAUACAGUCAAUUUCAAUGAAACGCGCAGACGAAUAAAUACAACUGAUGCUUCAGGAGCAGUUGCAGUGACAUUCUUACCCGAACGGGCAGUAAUUCCUAUUGGAGGAUUUGAAAACGUCACUGUCUAUGCAACAGACUCAAGUGGCAAUCGCGCUUCGUGUCACUUCCAAGUGUCAGUACAGGCAACUCCGUGCGUCGAUUGGGAACUCAAACCACCGGCUAAUGGAGGGUUAAAGUGUGCACCUGGUGACAAAGCUCUCCAGUGUAUCGCGACCUGUAGAUCGGGCUACCGAUUUACUGAUGGUGCGCCAACGAAAACAUUCACUUGCGAUCCAAUCAAACACUGGUCCCCAACAUCGGUGGUUCCCGAUUGUGUUUCAGAAAAUACUCAACAAGCAGAUUAUCAUGUAAUAGCUUCAGUAACUUAUCGAGCUAAUGGAGCAGUUUCCAAAACAUGUCUUCCUCAGUACCAAGACUUGAUGGCUCAGUAUUAUAUGGGAUUAAAUAAUAUUUUAACGCAGCGUUGCUCAGCAGUAAAUGUAAAUAUGAAUGUUUCAUUUAUACGAUCAAUGCCGUCGCUAUUGGAAGAAAACGUCUUGAAGAUGGACUUUGUCUUAGUAAUUGUACCAGCAGUACGUCAGCCGCAGCUGUACGAUUUGUGUGGAUCAACAUUAAACUUGAUCUUUGAUCUGUCUGUACCACAUGCCAGUGCGGUAAUAGAACCGCUGCUGAAUGUCUCUUCUAUAGGCAACCAAUGCCCACCACUUCGUGCUCUCAAAUCAUCAAUUACACGCGGUUUUACUUGCAGCAUCGGUGAAGUUCUUAAUAUGGACACUGCAGAUGUACCAAGAUGUCUCCAUUGUCCUGCAGGAACUUUUGCAGGUGAAAAACAAAAGAUGUGUACAUCUUGUCCAAAAGGAUUUUAUCAAAAUAGCGACCGUCAGGGUUCAUGUUUACGUUGUCCAUUUGGUACUUACACCAAAGAACAAGGCUCCAAGAGCAUUGACGACUGUGUACCAGUCUGUGGAUACGGAACAUAUUCACCUACUGGUCUAGUACCUUGUCUAGAAUGUCCAAGGAACAGUUACACUGGUGAACCACCAAUUGGUGGUUACAAAGACUGUCAAACUUGUCCAGCAGGUACAUUUACAUACCAACCAGCAGCACCAGGACGUGAUCGCUGUCGACCUAAAUGUGCACCUGGUAUGUAUUCAGAUACUGGUCUUGCACCUUGUGCACAGUGUCCUAAAAAUUUCUAUCAAGCUCAACAUGGCGCUACCACUUGCAUGGAAUGUCCAACGGAUAUGUAUACUGAUAAGCCAGGAGCAACAGGUCGCGAAGCAUGCAAACCAGUAACUUGUACUGAGUCGGUUUGUAAACACGGUGGACUCUGUUUACCAAUGGGCCACGGUGUCCAAUGCUUCUGUCCAGCUGGAUUUUCCGGAAGACGUUGUGAAAUAGACAUUGAUGAAUGCGCAUCACAGCCUUGUUACAACGGCGCAACUUGUAUCGAUUUACCCCAAGGAUACCGAUGUCAGUGUGCCGUCGGUUAUUCAGGUAUUAAUUGCCAGGAAGAGAAAUCUGAUUGCGCUAAUGAUACUUGCCCAGAGCGUGCUAUGUGCAAAGACGAACCAGGAUUUAAUAAUCACACGUGUUUAUGUAGAUCCGGAUACACUGGUGUUGACUGUGACAUAACGAUAAAUCCAUGCACUGCAGCCGGAAAUCCGUGUAACAAUGGUGCAACCUGUGUGGCAUUACAGCAAGGUCGCUAUAAGUGCGAUUGCUUACCCGGUUGGGAGGGCCAGAGUUGUGAAAUAAAUACUGACGACUGUGCAGAACGACCUUGUUUAUUGGGCGCCAACUGUACGGACUUAGUUGCCGAUUUUACGUGUGACUGCCCACCAGGAUUUACGGGUAAACGUUGUCAUGAGAAAAUCGAUUUGUGUUCAGGCAACCCAUGCUUGAAUGGAAUUUGUAUCGACAAACUGUUUCAUCAUGAAUGCAAUUGUCAUCCCGGAUGGACUGGCGCCGCUUGCGAAACAAAUAUCAAUGAAUGUGCAAGUAAACCUUGUAAGAAUAAUGGCCAGUGUCUUGAUCAGAUUGGCGGGUAUACUUGUACUUGUGAACCGGGUUACACGGGUCAGCAGUGCCAGCACACUAUUGAUGACUGCGCCUCAGAACCGUGUCAAAAUGGGGCUACUUGUAUUGAUGAACUUGAUGGUUUCGUUUGUCAAUGCAGGCCCGGUUUUGUCGGCUUACAAUGUGAAGCUGAGAUCGAUGAAUGCUUAAGCGAUCCGUGUAAUCCAGUGGGUACAGAUCGUUGCGUUGACUUGGACAAUAAAUUCCUGUGUCACUGUCGCGAAGGAUACACGGGUGAAAUUUGCGAAGUUAAUAUUGAUGACUGUGCUUCGAAUCCUUGUCUGAAUGGUGCUACGUGUCGUGACGAAGUAGGUGGCUACAAGUGUGUUUGUCCCGAAGGAUGGACUGGCAACACAUGUGAGCAAGAUGUAGGAAUGUGUCUAAAUAGACCAUGUCAAAAUGACGCAAUGUGUGUCGACUUGUUCCUCGAUUACUUCUGUGUGUGUCCUUCAGGCACUGAUGGUAAGCAAUGUGAAACAGCUCCAGAAAGAUGCAUCGGCAAUCCAUGUAUGCACAUGGGAAAAUGUCAAGACUUUGGAUCAGGCUUGAACUGCACAUGCCCAGAUGAUUACACAGGAAUCGGUUGUCAGUAUGAAUAUGAUGCUUGUCAAGCCGGUGCUUGUAAAAAUGGUGCUACUUGCAUUGACAAUGGACCUGGAUUCAUGUGUGUCUGCCCACCAGGUUACACAGGAAAGACUUGUGAAGAUGACAUCAUUGACUGUAAAGAAAAUUCAUGUCCGCCUUCUGCCACGUGUAUUGAUUUAACUGGAAAAUUCUUCUGUCAAUGUCCAUUUAAUUUAACUGGUGACGAUUGCAGAAAAUCUAUACAAGUAGACUAUGACCUCUACUUUACUGAUCCAACGAGAAGUAGCGCUGCGCAAGUGAUACCAUUCUUCACAGGUGCGCAGAAGAGUUUAACUGUCGCAAUGUGGGUGCAAUUUACUCAGAAAGAUGAAGCGGGAAUAUUUUUCACUUUGUACAGCGUUUCGUCACCUCAUGUGCCGACAAAUCGACGUGCGAUGAUUCAAGCUCACAGCAAUGGAGUCCAGGUUUCUUUGUUCCAUGAUCUUCAGGAUGUUUAUUUACCGUUUAGAGAAUACGCUACCAUGAACGACGGGCAGUGGCAUCAUGUAGCAGUAGUUUGGAAUGGAGACAAUGGCGGUGAAUUAAUUUUGAUAACAGAAGGAUUGAUUGCCAGUAAAACAGAAGGCUACGGUAGUGGAAGAAGCAUACCGCCUUAUGCUUGGACAGUUUUAGGAAAACCACAAGGGGAAAAUACAAAGGGCUACACUGAAUCUGGAUUCCAGGGACAUUUGACCAAAAUACAAGUAUGGUCCCGUGCAUUGCACGUGACCAACGAAAUUCAGAAACAAGUACGUGAUUGCCGAACUGAGCCGGUUUUGUAUCCAGGUCUCGUAUUGACCUGGGCAGGUUACGACGAAACUGUUGGAGGUGUCGAGAGAGUUGUUCCUUCACACUGCGGACAACGAAUCUGCCCACCUGGCUACGGAGGUUCCAAAUGCCAACAGCUUGAAGCAGACAAAAUUCCACCAAAAGUUGAACAUUGUCCUGGAGACUUGUGGGUCAUUGCCAAAAAUGGCUCGUCAAUUGUUAACUGGGAUGAGCCUCAUUUUUCAGACAAUGUCGGAGUGGUCAAGGUACAAGAAAAAAGUGGGCAUCGAUCUGGACAAACUCUACUGUGGGGAACUUAUGACAUCAGUUAUGUUGCUUACGACCAAGCCGGUAACUCAGCCAGCUGCAACUUCAAGGUUUAUGUUCUCUCGGACUUUUGUCCAGAGCUUGCAGAUCCCAUUGGAGGAUCGCAACUGUGCAAAGACUGGGGCUCAGGAGGACAAUUCAAAGUCUGUGAAAUAUCUUGUAAUUCAGGUCUUAGAUUUUCUCAAGAAGUUCCUAAAUUCUACACAUGCGGCGCCGAAGGAUUCUGGCGCCCUACCAAUGAUCCUAGUUUGCCAGUUGUUUAUCCCGCUUGUACUGCAGCAACUCCAGCACAGAGAGUCUUCAGAAUAAAAAUGAAUUUCCCUACAUCGGUGCUGUGUAAUGAAGCGGGUCAAGGUGUCCUUAAACAGAAGGUCCGAAACGCUGUCAAUGCACUCAACAGAGAUUGGAAUUUCUGUUCUUACUCUCUCGAAGGCACUCGGGAGUGUAAGAACCUGGACAUCGACGUCCAGUGUGACCACAGAGCACGUGUUGCCCGCGAUGCUACCGAUGACGACGGAGGAAUUUACACGAUUUCAGCAGCAGUACCAGCUGAACCAACGAGACACGCUCGUCAAGGAAGUGAUACCUAUCAAGUGGAGAUUGCAUUCCCUGCAAUAAAUGAUCCGAUUCAAAACACAAACUCUAAUGAACGCGCAACGGUACACAGUCUACUAGAAAAAUUAAUUCUCGAGGAAGAUCAAUUUGACGUAAACGAUAUUUUACCCAAUACUGUACCAGAUCCAGCCUCACUGAUACUGGAAUCCGACUAUGCCUGUCCCGUUGGACAAGUCGUCAUGGCGCCUGAUUGCGUUCCAUGCGCGGUGGGAAGUUACUAUGACGAGUCAACAAACAAAUGUGUGUCAUGUCCAGUCGGAACUUAUCAAAGUGAAUCAGGUCAGCUUAAAUGUAGCAGCUGUCCAGUGAUUGCCGGAAGGUCCAGCGUUACAAUAGGACCAGGAGCACGAAGCGCGGCCGAUUGUAAAGAGCGUUGUCCAGCUGGUAAAUAUUACGACGACGCAGCUGGACUGUGUCGUAGCUGCGGUCACGGAUUUUACCAACCGAAUGAAGGAAGUUUCUCAUGUCUUCUUUGCGGACUCGGGAAAACUACGAGAACUGCCGAGGCAGUGUCUCAUGAAGAGUGUCGCGAUGAGUGCGGAUCAGGACAACAGUUGGCAGUUGAAGGCAAAUGUGAGCCUUGUCCUCGGGGAACUUAUCGAACCCAGGGAGUACAGGCUGCUUGCCAAGCCUGUCCGUUGGGCAGAACUACACCCAAUAUGGGAUCAGCGGCAGUCGAAGAAUGUUCGUUGCCUGUUUGUGAACCUGGUACCCAUCUCAAUGGCACACUGAAUGAGUGCAUACAGUGCAAGAAAGGCACUUAUCAAUCAGAACCACAGCAAACCUUCUGCAUACCUUGUCCGCCUAACACCAGCACCAAGGGACCAGGUGGUACCAGCAAAGCCGAGUGUACUAAUCCAUGUGAAAUGAGCGGAGAAGAAAUGCACUGCGAUGCCAAUGCUUACUGUCUGCUGAUACCAGAGACCAGUGAGUUCAAAUGCGAGUGCAAACCAGGGUACAAUGGCACUGGGGCUGUUUGUACUGAUGUCUGCACGGGCUACUGCGACAACGAAGGAGUCUGCAUGAAAGACAGUCGUGGGCAGCCCUCGUGUAGGUGCAGCGGUAGCUUCACUGGCAAACACUGCACGGAAAAAUCAGAAUUCUUCUACAUCGUUGGGGGUGUUUCCGGUGGUAUUAUACUUAUUAUUUUCAUCGUCCUCCUAGUAUGGAUGAUUUGCGUCCGCGCGAGUAGGAAACGCGAGCCCAAGAAAAUGAUAACACCGGCAACUGAUCAAAACGGAUCCCAAGUUAACUUUUAUUACGGAGCGCCAACGCCUUAUGCUGAAUCAAUUGCGCCCUCGCAUCACAGCACAUAUGCUCAUUAUUAUGAUGACGAGGAAGACGGCUGGGAGAUGCCGAAUUUUUACAAUGAGACUUACAUGAAAGAGAGUCUACACAAUGGAGGAAAAAUGAACAGCUUAGCUCGUUCAAAUGCCAGCAUUUACGGUACCAAGGAUGAUCUUUACGAUAGACUGAAACGUCAUGCGUAUCCUGGGAAAAAAGAUUCAUAAUUUUUAUUUCAGACAAGAGCGACAGUGACAGCGAAGGUCAGUGACCAAGACAACAGAUGACCACAUUUAUACAUCUCAAUGACUGAUGAUGAUGUCUAUUGAUGUCUUCCGAUUCAUUUUAAAUUUAUAAAUUAAAUAUUCAUUUUAUUUUUUAAAAAUUCAUUUACGACGGGGGUCGUACAUUAGUUUUUUUAUGUACGACUUAACAGUCCUGAAGUGAUGAUUUAAAUUUAAAUAUUUAAACUUUCAGGAUCAUUACUUUAGCACCAAUCCGUCGACUUGUUUUUUUUUUUAUUUACUGAGUCUCUCCUAAACUAUGGACUGAGUCAAUCGAGUGAAUGAGAUCAUGAGUGAUAAAUUUUUUAAGUUUGUUUAUAAUAUUUUUAAUUUAAUACUCACUGAUGAUUAUUUUUAAAACUCUUUGCAUAAGCAACCGAAGUUUUUAAUUAUUCUUUAAUUAUAGAAAUAUUAAAUAAAUUAACCGGUGCGAGAGAGAUUUGUGUACUUGUACUUGUACUCUAUUAAUUAUUAUUAUUAUCUCUAUAUAAUAAUUAUAGUUACUAUAGAUAUUUUAACGAAGAAAAUUUAUAUAUAUGAAAGACAUUGUUAUAAAUAUAUAUGUUAUUGUAAUAUACUUACAAAUAAGUUAUGAUUAUUUACGAAAAGAAAAAUUAUGAAAACAUAUUUCUAUUUUUUUUUUUUUUUUUGUAAUAUUUACGGUAACGAUUAAUAAGUAAGUAAGUUUGUAAAUAUUUCAAGAAUUGAUCUAACAUAUAAAUAAAAAAAAUUAUUAC